GGCAGCAGGUGGGGCAUGGCGGCGCAGCGUCGCGACGCCGAGCGGCGGAUUGCUCUUUUCUCAGUAGUGGACGGCAGCAUGUGGUGGUGGCUGCUACUCGUGGCUGUGGUGACGGCCAAACGCGGCCCAGCGGCGCAUCAUGAUCCCGUCAUUGAGGAGGUCACGGCCAAGCAGCUGGAGCGUGUCCUGGCCGACAAGGAUUACGUCGCGGUGUUCUGGUACGCUCGCAGCUGUACCACGUGCGACAAGGUGCUCGAGGAGUUGGAGCAGAUCGACGACGACACAGAUUCGUUUGGCGUGGACUUUGUGAAGAUCAACGACAAGCGGCUGGCCAAGCAGUAUGGCAUCAAGAACUUUCCGGCGCUCACCUACUUCAGGGAGAAACAACCAAUCAUCUACGAAGGUGACCUGAUGGACGAGGAAAACGUGCUCGAUUUUUUGACAAGUUUGGAAGCCAUGGACUUACCAGACAGAAUAGAAGAGGUAAAUUCGAGAAUUCUGGAAAAAAUCGUCGAGGACACCGAUUAUGUGGCCGUCCUAUUCUGUCCGGAUUCAGAUACUUGUUCCAAAGGGGGCGUAAAUAAACCCGAAUGCAAGAAGUGCUCCAAAGUUUUGCAAGAACUGGAAAACAUUGACGACGAAGCGGAUCAAUUGGGAAUUGGUUUUGUUAAAAUAAACGAUGAGGAAUUAGCUGAAGAAUAUAACCUUGGACAAUUGCCUGCACUUGUUUAUUACAGACAUCAAACACCAAUUAUUUUUGAAGGUGAAUUAACACGCGAGGAAGAUGUUUUGGAAUGGCUCGUCACACAGAAAAGCACUGGGGAUGAUGAAGAUAUCAUUGAAGAUGUUACCAGUAAAACGCUCUCUACACUCGUUGACAGUGUAGACAAUUUAGUCGUGUUAUUCUAUGAUCAUGGUAAUGAAGACUCAAUGCAAGUUUUAGAAGAACUAGAAAAGAUCGAUGAUGAUUGUGAUAAACAUGGCAUUCAGUUUGUAAAGAUUGACGAUGAUGGCGUGGCUGAAGAGUACGGCAUCGAUGCACUGCCAGCUGUUGUCUACUUCGAAAAAGGAAUUCCGAACGUAUACGACGGUGACUUGGAGCACGAGGAGGAGUUUUUCGAGUGGCUCGUGCAGCAGCUCGAAAAGGACGAAAUCGAGGACGUCACUGAUGAAAUGCUUGAUAAAUUGAUCAAUGAUGGGAAGAGUGUUGCUGUCUUAUUCUACGAUGAUGAUGACAAGAAAUCUCAGCGUGUCCUCAACGAACUUGAAAAUAUCGACGACGAAUGCGAUAAGUUGGGUAUUGUGUUCGUCAAGAUUGAUAAUGAGGACGAGGCGAAAGAAUACGGCAUUGAGAAAAUCCCAUCUUUAGUCUAUUUUGAGAAAGGUAUUCCUACACUCUAUGAAGGAAAUUUGGAAGAAGAGGAGAAAGUACUGAAAUGGUUUGAACAUCAGGCCAAGAGUGAUGAAAUUGAAGAUAUCAAUGAUGAAAUGCUUGAGAUUAUCUUGGAUAAAGUACAACAUGUUGCCGUACUAUUCUACGACAAAGAUCAAAAGAAAAGCCAAAAGAUCAUAUCCGAAUUAGAAAACAUUGAUGACGAGUGCGACCAAAACGACAUCGCCUUCGUAAAGAUUGAUGAUGAAGAAGAAGCUAAAGAAUACGGCAUUGACACUAUUCCUAGUUUAGUAUUUUUCGAGAAAAAGAUCCCCCAUGUCUACGAGGGUGAUUUAUUGAAUGAAGACGCUUUGCUAGGAUGGUUACUUCAUCAGAAGCGUCAUGCUGAGAUUCCAGACAUCACUGAUGAGAUGUUAGAGCGUCUUGUCGAAAACACACCUUAUCUUGCUGUCUUGUUCUAUGACAAAGAUGAUAAACAAGACAUUCGAGUCCUCAACGAAAUGGAAAACAUUGAUGACGAACUAGAAAAAGAAGGUAUUGUCAUCGUACGCAUUGAUAAUGACGCCGAAGCUAAAGAAUAUGGCAUUGAUCAUUUACCAACAUUAAUGUACUUUGAAAACAAAAUUCCAUCAAUGUAUGAAGGUGACCUGAUGAAUGAAGACGAAGUUUUGCAAUGGUUAAUUGAACAAAAAUCUUCGGCAACGAUUGAGGAAGUCACCGACGAGAUUCUGCAAGAUUUAAUUGAAGAACACGAAUAUGUAGUGGUAUAUUUCAGUGGAAAGUGUGAAGAAGGUGAAGAGUGUGACGAUAUUCUUGAAGAAUUGGAAAACAUUGAUGAUGAGCUUGAUGAGACCGGAAUUAUUUUUGUCACAACUGAAGAUCUAGCUUUGGCCAAGAAACACGGCAUUAAAGGUUUCCCUAAACUUGUAUUCUUCCGUAAUAAGGAACCAUUGCUCUAUUCUGGGGACAUUGAAGAUGAAGAUGAAGUGUUAGCUUGGUUGACAGAUGAAGAUACUUUGGAAAUUCCCGAUCGCAUUGAGGAAGUCAACGAGAAAAUGUUGGAUGAUGUUUUGAUGAAGAAUGAUCAUGUGGUUGUGUUUUUCUAUAAGGAAGGUGAUAAGAAGUCUCAGAAAAUCCUUCAGGAACUGGAAAAUAUCGAUGAUGAAUGCGAGGAAAAAGAUAUCAGUUUUGUAAAGACCUCAGAUGAUGGUAUUGAUAAAGCCUAUGAUCUUUCCAGCCUCCCUACUCUCGUCUUCUACCGACAUAGAUUCAGAGAAAUUUAUCCAGGUGAUCUGAUGCAUGAGGAAGAAAUUCUCGAAUGGGUUUUGGAUCUGCACGAAUCCGCUCCGGAUGUAAUCGAAAACGUUGACAGAAAAACACUGCAGGUUCUCAUCAAUGAUGUUGAACACCUUGCCGUGUUCUUCUAUUCUGAUGAUUGCGACAAGUGUAGUGCCGUCCUGGAAGAGUUGGAAACCAUCGACGAUGAUGCCGAUAAGCAUGGCAUUCAGUUUGUCAAGUCGAAGGAUUCAAAGUUGGCAUCCGAAAUCGGCAUCUUUAGUUUUCCCGCUUUAGUGUAUUAUGAAACUGGGGUGCCGAUUAUGUUUGACGGCAACCUUAAAAAAGAGGAGAAAGUACUGGAAUGGCUAGUUGAACAAAAAAGUGAUGACGAUGAAGAUGAAGACGACGAUGACGAUGAAGAUGACGAUGACGACGAUGAUGACGAUGACGAUGACGACGAUGAUGAUGACGAUGACGAUGAAGAUGAUGACGAUGAAGAUAAUGACGAUGAUGAUGACGAUGAUGACGAUGAUGAUGAAGAAGAUGAUGAUGACGAUGACGACGAAGAUGAUGAUGAUGAUGACGAUGAUGAUGACGACGAUGAUGAUUUAGCUAGUAGAAUUUUGAGAGGCUCAAAGAAAUCUUCAGGCGAUGGCUGUUUCUACGUUGGAUUAGGUGGCAAGAAUGAACUACCCAAAUCGGCUAGUUUAGAACCCUACCAAUGCUGUCCGAGCAAACCGGUGCGCGGCAGUAAAAUCGCGAAAAUCCAACCGGCGCAAAAGACCACCCUAAAGACUAGACAGAUUCAGAGCAGACCCGAGCCGCCCACCAGGAAUAUUCGAGGCAAAGAAGUCGCGACCAAGUCCGACAAGAAAGCAGGCAAAGGAAAGGGCUGGACCGGUAAUUUGUUGGACGAAAACGAGGUUUUGGAUUGGAUGAUGGAUCAGAAAAACGACGAAAGCAUUCAGGAGAUCAACAGGGAGCAAUUGUUUAAAUACAUUGAAACAAAAGAAUUCCUCGCUGUCAUAUUUUAUAAUGAUGAAGAUGUAGACAGUCCUAGAAUUCUACGACAUAUUGAGUUAAUUGAUGACGAAGCAGCUGAAUACGGCAUCAAAAUCGUCAAAAACAGCGAUUUGUUAAUGGCGAAGAAAUACGGUUUCAGAAACCCACCAGGUAUCAGUUAUUUCAGAAAAGGCAAGCUCAUCAACUAUGAUGGCGACAUUGAUGACGAGGAAGAGUUGCUCGAUUGGCUCACCGACCCGGAAAACAUGGAACUCACUGAUCACAUCGAAAAAGUCAACCGUAAAAUGUUUGAGAAGAUCAAAAAGAGCUCUGAUUACGUUGCCGUCUUCUUAUACAGCGCCGACUGUAAGCAAUGCCCCAGAGUGCUGCUGGAGGUUGAGCACAUUGAUGAUGAAGCAGAUUCAGCCGGUAUCAAUUUCGUGAAAAUCGACGAUAAGGAAUUAGCGAAACAAUAUGGCGUAUUUGCAUUACCAGCGAUUUUGUUCUUUAAAACCGGCUCAAAAGAACCUGUUAUCUAUGCGGGUGAUUUGUACGAUGAGCAGCAGAUACUUCAGUGGUUGAUGACACAACAGGAUCCCGCUGGAGACGUCAUUGAAGCAACCGGUGGCAAUGAUUUGAUUAGUAUGAUUGAAGAAGAAGAAGCUUUGGCUGUUUACUUCUAUUCAGAGGAAUGUGAGCAAUGUACCAAAAUACUUGAAGAACUUGAGAAUAUUGACGAUGACUGCGAACGGCAUGGCAUCACCUUCGUGAAAACCCAUGAUACUAAAGUAGCGGAAAAAUUCGGAGCUGUAGAUUUUCCUGUACUGAUGUAUUUUGAAGAAGGAACUGGAGGUAUCUUUGAUGGAGAUAUCAUGGAAGAAGAAGAAGUUCUCCAAUGGUUGAUUCAACAACGUACAGAAGACCGUAUUGAAUUAAUCACCAGAAUAAUGCUGGAGCGUAUGGUAGAAGACACUCAAUAUUUAGCAGUGUAUUUCUACAAAACAAACUGCCAUAUUUGCGAAGAGAUUCUUGAAGAUUUAGAAAACAUUGACGAUGAAGUUGAUGUUUAUGGUAUUCAUUUAGUUAAGAUUCAAGAUCCUCCUCUCGCAAAACGUUAUAGCAUCAAAACAUUCCCAGCAUUAGUCUAUUUCCGAAAUGGAAAUCCCUUGCUAUUUGAAGGUGACCUUCAAAAUGAACAAUCCGUACUUGAAUGGCUAAUUGACGAUGACAAUCGGGAGCUAGCGGAUGAAAUUGAAUCUGUUAAUGAGAAAAUGUUGGGAAGACUGCUGAAUGAAUCUCCAUUCCUUGCCGUGUUCUUUUAUGAUGAGGACUGCCCUGAAUGUGACGAAAUCAUGGAACAACUUGAAGAAAUCGACGGAGAAGCAGAUUUGUUUGGAAUUGAUUUUGUAAAGAUCUGCAGUGCUGACGCUGCCGCUGAACAAGGUCUCCACAAUUUACCAGCGUUGAUGUACUUCCGGAAAAAGACACCAAUGGUUUAUGAUGGUGACUUGACCGCUGGUGAUCGCAUUCUUGACUGGUUAACGUCCCAAGAUGUGUUUGAAAUUAAAAACGAGAUUGAAGAGGUGAACAAGAAGAUGUUGGAGAAAUUGUUGGAAGAAAAUGAGUUUGUUACUGUUUUCUUCUAUGAAGUACACUCAGAAGAAAGUAAACAUAUCCUAGAAAAGCUCGAAAACAUUGACAGUGAAACAGAUAACUUUGACAUAACCUUCGUCAAGAUGGCGGACGCCCGAUACGCCCGCAAAUGGGGCGUCACUCAUCUACCCUCGAUUGUCUACUUCCGCCGACGCUUCCCAAGCAUAUUCCGCGGUGAUUUAAAAUCCGAAAAAGACGUUCUCGAAUGGCUCAGGAAGAAUCGCUUCCGUCAACCCGAAUUAAACAUCUUUAUGUAUGCUUUAUUAGCGAUUGGCGUUGCAUUCGUCACAUACACUGCAUUCCUGAUGCAGUGCUUCAAAGCGCAACCGCCACCACCAGCGCAGCAUCCAAAGCAAACAUAAAUGCAAUUUAUUCAGAUUAAGUAAAUGGAAAUGAAAUCGUUGUCGAAUCCAUCUGAAUGCAUGCGUGCGUGUGUAGAUGUUGCGUGACUGUGAUUAUUAAAGUUUUGGAUUCUCGAAAUUAAUUUAUCUCAAUUUUCAUUGAUUUGUACGAUUGUUCUAAGGACCAAGCCAUUGAUUCAUCAAACAAGAACAAACCGGAAGCGUGCUGCGUCAUAUCAGAAACAAAUCAGAAACAAAAACAAACAAAAAAAAAACAGAACAAGAAUACGGUAAACACACCUCUUCUUUAAUGAUUAAUUGUAAAUAUAAAUACUCUUGUAAAUAAAUUUAUCAUAUCCAUCGUUUAUUCCUGCCGACAUUCGGGUUUGACAUCCGUUUGUUACGCGAAGAAAAUAAAUGAAAACAAUUUCCGUUAGGUCGAUAUACUAUUGUCGUCGUUAUAAUUUAACUAAUAAAGUUAAUUGUUUAUGGAAA